CACAAUGAAUCCAAUCAAAGCACCAUCGACGGGCAGUCCCAAGAAAUUCAACGUUUUCGCCCAUGUGAAGUACGAGCAUAUGGUGGCCGGAGUUUCCGGCGGAGUGGCGUCCACGCUCAUCCUACACCCCCUGGAUCUGAUCAAGAUUCGAUUCGCAGUGAACGAUGGCCGGACAGCGACGGUGCCGCAAUACCGUGGACUGAGCAGUGCCUUCACCACCAUUUUCCGGCAGGAGGGCUUCCGUGGACUCUACAAGGGCGUCACCCCCAAUGUCUGGGGAUCCGGCUCCUCCUGGGGCCUGUACUUCAUGUUCUACAACACCAUCAAGACGUUCAUCCAGGGAGGCAACACCACCAUGCCCCUGGGUCCGGCGAUGCACAUGCUGGCUGCUGCCGAGUCCGGAGCCCUCACCCUGUUGCUGACCAAUCCCAUCUGGGUGGUGAAGACCCGUCUCUGCCUGCAGUGCGAUGCGGCUAGCAGUGCCGAGUACCGGGGCAUGAUCCACGCCCUGGGGCAGAUCUACAAGGAGGAGGGAGUCAGGGGUCUGUACCGCGGCUUCGUGCCCGGCAUGCUGGGCGUCUCCCACGGAGCCAUCCAGUUCAUGACAUACGAGGAGAUGAAGAACGCCUACAACGAGUACCGCAAGUUGCCCAUCGACACGAAGCUGGCAACCACCGAGUACCUGGCCUUCGCGGCCGUGUCCAAGCUGAUCGCGGCGGCGGCCACCUAUCCGUACCAGGUGGUGCGAGCCCGGCUGCAGGAUCACCACCACCGCUACAACGGCACCUGGGACUGCAUCAAACAGACUUGGAGGUUCGAGGGCCACAGAGGUUUCUACAAGGGUCUCCAGGCGAGUUUAGUACGCGUGGUGCCCGCCUGCAUGAUCACCUUCCUGGUUUACGAGAACGUCUCGCAUUUCCUGCUGGCCAGGCGCAAGCGGAUCGAGACUGAAAAGGCAGUGUGAUUCCUCCUCUCUGGGAUUCCCCUUAGUUCCCUAAGCUUUCCUACCGCUGUGCGACAUUACCAUAUGUCCUUUGUAGUCAGCGAGCAGUUGCAAUCGUGUUGAGCAUGCGCAGUUGCUCUCAGUUUAUUGUUGAAGAAUUCUUGGUAGCUUUUACUAGUUAGUUAAGUGAAUCUUGUUCCUAAGCAAUUUCAGGGGGUCCUAAUACAAAAAGCCAUUUGUAUGCUAAUAUUUUGUGGGUGAUUUAUAAAAGGUAGACUUAAAACUGUAAAUAAUAUUGAUAAUACACCAAAUUGUUGUUAA